UAUUUUUCAGACGAGGGGGGUCAAAAGUCUGAAGACCAAAGGGUUUUAUCAGCAAAAACCCAUACAUACACCUAAUUUAUGCACUCUGGCCGGAAAACACCAAAUCAUGGAUUUCGACAAGAGAAAAACAGCAACUCUGUCAUUAAUCAACACUCCCCCGCAAGAUUACUCUGACAAAUCACCAAAAGGCACUCUUGAUCUUCCCAUUCUACCCCUGCUCAACUCCAUUAAUUCCCACCCUUGUUUCUUCACCACUAGCUCCUGCUCUGGCAGAAUCUCAAUCCUCUCCACCCCAACUGAAACCACCUCAAUAACCAAGAAAAAGGCCAGAGGAGGCAAGUGGGUCCUCAUAUCUCAUGACCCUGUGGACCCCACCUCAGUUCUUGACUUGCUGUACAACCCCACCUCAGUUGUUGAUGAGUUGGAUGAGCUGGUGUUUAGAUUUGAGCCUUUGAUUGUUGCUGUUGAGUGUAGGGAUGUGGGGUCUGCUCAGAGUUUGGUUUCGAUUGCAAUUUCUUGUGGGUUUAGGGAGUCUGGGAUUACUAGUGUCAGCAAAAGGGUGAUUGUUGCGAUUAGGUGUUCGAUUCGAUUGGAAGUGCCGUUAGGAGGGAGUGGAAGGUUGUUGGUAUCGGAGGAGUAUGUUAGGUUUUUGGUUGGGAUUGCUAAUGGGAAAAUGGAGGUUAAUAGGAAGAGGACUGAUCAGUUUUUUGCUGCAUUGUUGAGGAAUGGGUUUGGAGGAGUCGAGAAUGGUGUGGGAAGUGGUGAUUGCGAUGGCUUGGAAUGUGAGGAGGUGAAAAAGAUGGAGUCUUAUUUUGGUGCUUUGAGUGAAUCCCGGCAAAUAGAUGACUGCGGGUCUGCCGAAGUUCCUGUUAACAGUCUUUCCACUGAUCAGCUGGUAGUUGCUGGUGAAGCUAUUGAGAAGGUUUACCUAUGGGGUCACUCUGCUUGUGAGAUUGAGGACGCAACAAAAAAGAAAGUGCUCAUUUUUGGUGGUUUUGGAGGCAUGGGGAGGCAUGCUCGACGAAAUAAUUGUUUCUUGCUUGAUCCAUUCUCAGGUGAACUUGAAGACUUCAAUGUUCAGGGGUGUCCAUCCCCACGCUUGGGCCACACAUCCUCCUUAAUAGGACAUUUGAUGUAUGUUAUUGGGGGUAGGGCUGAUCCAUCAAGUAUCUUAAAUGAUGUCUGGCUUCUGAACACAGAAAAUAGGCAAUGGAAGCUCUUAGAGUGUACAGGCACAUAUUUUCCAUCCAGGCAUCGACAUGCAGCAGCUACUGUAGGGCCUAAGAUAUAUGUUUUUGGUGGAAUUCACAAUGAUUUGAUCUAUCCAUCAUUACAUGUUUUAGACACGCAAAAUCUUGAAUGGAGUGAAAUAUGUAUGCCAGGUGAACAACCAUGCCCACGUCAUUCACACUCUAUGGUAUCUUAUGGGACCAAACUAUUUAUAUUUGGAGGAUAUGAUGGGGAAAAAGCUCUAGGGGACCUUUAUAGUUUUGAUGUUCUGACAUGCUUGUGGAAGAAGGAAGAAAUGGCAGGAAGAACACCGUAUGCAAGAUUUUCACACUCAAUGUUUGUAUAUAAGCAUUUUGUAGGUAUCAUAGGAGGAUGCCCAGUCAGACAACAUUAUCAAGAUUUGUCUUUGCUAGAUUUGAGGGACUGUUCGUGGAAACAUAUUAGGGUGAAUUCUUUUGGCAAAGAGCUUCUUGUUCGUAGCAGCGGAAGUGUCAUUGGUGAUGAUCUUGUGAUGAUUGGUGGUGGAGCAUCUUGUUAUGCCUUUGGAACAAAAUUUAGCGAUCCAAUGAAAAUGAACUUGCGUCCAUUAGUUUCUCUAACUGAUAGUCCUGCACAAAUAUUGACGACGCAAGUUAAUCACACCAAAGAAGACCCCCCACAAACCGAGAUUGGUUUCACACAAUCUCCAGCUAGCAUAUAUGAAACAUUAUCUAAGGAAACUUCUGGCUUGAAACUUGGUGAUGAAGGCAUAGAUAUAAAUGGUGGACAUCAAGGUGUUGCAUCACAUUUUGUUCUAAAAAUUAAGAAAAAAUAUGCCAAACUUGGAAAGGACCUGCUGAAAAGGUUUGCCUGGUUAGAUCUUGAACGCAAAGUUUAUUCCCUGGAAAAAGGAUUACAUAUAUGUUUUCCUGUCACAGGACAAUUUUGUGCUUUGUACGAUAAUAGUCAACAUGAUGCACACACUGCAGAUAUUGAACCACUUGACCCUUGUCUACUAGAAAAGGUAACGGCAAAGGGGCUUUUACCUGAUGAUACCAUUUCAUCAGCCCUGAAUUUUUUCAUCACAAGUGGUGCUACCAAAAUUUUAGACGAGGUUGUGAGAGUUAAGAAAACUUCUAGCUCUCCAUUAAAGAUGAUGAAUGACUCUGUAACAUUAUUGAUUAAUGAACAAGGGCUUCCAGCAGAACUUCUAGAGCAGCUACCCACUAGAUGGGAACGACUUGGGGACAUUGUUGUGCUUCCAUCAACUUCAUUUAAGGAUCCAUUGUGGGACACAAUUUCAGAUAAGCUGUGGCCAGUUGUUGCUGCAUCACUAGGAACUCAACGCCUUGCUCGACAAGGUCGAGUGGCAAAUACUGGAACAAGGGACAGUAGUUUGGAGAUGCUUGUCGGGGAUAGUGGCUGGGUAAGUCACCGCGAAAAUGGAAUUUAUUAUUCUUUUGAUGCUACAAAGUGCAUGUUUUCCUGGGGCAAUCUAUCUGAGAAGCUACGUAUGGCCCAUUUGGACUGUACGGAUGAAGUUGUUGUAGACUUGUUUGCUGGGAUUGGAUAUUUUGCUUUGCCAUUCCUUGUCAGGGCCAGUGCAAAAAUGCUGUAUGCUUGUGAGUGGAAUCCCCAUGCAAUUGAGGCACUUCGACGUAAUCUGCAGGCUAACUCUGUAGCUGAUCGCUGUGUGGUACUUGAAGGCGAUAAUCGACUUACAGCUCCUAAAGGAGUUGCUGAUAGAGUCUGCCUUGGUCUCUUGCCAACAAGUGAGGGUAGUUGGGUGACUGCUAUAAGGGCAUUAAGGAGUAGGGGUGGGAUACUGCAUGUGCAUGCCAAUGUAAAGGACUCUGAGGAGGUUGAGUGGAGCAAAUAUGUCUCAAACUCAAUCAGUGAUAUAUCAUUAUCAGAAGGUUAUCGAUGGAAGGUUUCAGUGGAACAUGUAGAGAGAGUGAAAUGGUAUGCACCACAUAUCAGGCAUCUUGUUGCCGAUGUAAAAUGCGAGCAGAUUGACAGAUAACUGUUGAAAUAGAGGGUGUGGUUGGCAGCAAUAUUUUCACCAGAUGUUCUUGAUUGUACCAUGGGAAGAUGAUAGCCUAAGUCUGGCUGCGGUACAACUCUACAACCCACAGUCCCAGACUAGCCGAUUCAAAUUCCAAGUAGCUUGAAGUUGGAUUCAUGAUUUGAAAUGAAUCAUGCAGGUUCCAGAAGCUAGGGGAAAUGAUCCACUCUAAUUUUACCGGAAUCUAUGUUGGGGUGGUUUGUAAUGUUUUUCUUAAAGAUAUAUUGGAGGUAGCUAACCUUUGUUUUACUGUCAAUCUUCAUCUCCGCAAGGAGAAUAUAUUGCAGCAUAGUGUAACUAUAGAAUUGGCCCGGAUUGCAGAAAGAAUGUAUCAUGGAGAUGCAGAUGGAACAGAAAUUGCAAACUCUAGUUUUGUUUGGACUCGGGGAUUCAUGAAAUGUUUAUGGGAUGAUUAGAUAUAUAAACAGUGUUAAAUGCA